GUUAAACUUGACUAAAUAUAAUUAUAAUUAAUGAUUCAUACAGCAACAUUUUCGGUGUAUUUUCUAGAAAGUGUCAUCUUGUACGUUGACUAAAAAAUGUUCGCCAUUCCCAGUGAUACGCGGGUGUCUUGGCGACUAUUUAAAUACUUGUUGAGCAGCUUCAUUAUCAUCCCAGUCUGCCCGAAAACGAUCAGAUAAGUAGAACCUUUUCCAGCCAUGACAACUGCCUACCUUGGUACGAUUGUUCACACAAAGUCUUUUGGAGAGUUCGAGUCCUUCGAAAAUGGGUUCCUUGCGGUGGACAGCAGCGGAAAGAUCAUUGGUGUUGGUAAAGACUAUCAGGAGUGGAUUUCCAGAAACCCGGGCAAGAAGACGGAUCUGACCGAGGUGACCCUUUCCGACUAUCAGUUUCUGAUGCCAGGAUUUGUGGACUGUCAUAUACAUGCACCCCAAUAUGCGCAAAUCGGCCUGGGACUCGACAUGCCACUUCUGGACUGGCUCAACACGUACACAUUCCCGCUGGAGGCAAAGUUCUCCGACCAGAAAUACGCCCAGCAGGUCUACGAGAACGUUGUCUCAGCAACGCUACGCAGUGGAACCACUCUGGCUUCCUAUUUUGCAACAAACAAUCUGGAAUCGACGCUGAUAUUGGCGAGGGAGGCAGUUCGUCAAGGCCAACGGGCUCUAAUCGGCAAGGUCUGUUCCAAUUGCAACAGUCCCGACUACUACGUGGAGGAGACGGAGCAUUCAAUCUGCGCGACAAUAAGUUUUGUGGAAGAGAUAAAAAAGCUGGGUAGUCCGCUUGUGUUGCCCACGAUCACGCCCAGGUUCGCCCUCAGUUGCAGCAAGGAACUCCUUAAAGAGCUGGGCGACAUUGCGAAGCGAUUCGACCUUCAUAUACAAAGCCACAUCAGUGAGAAUCUGGCCGAGAUUGAGGUCGUAAAGGACAUCUUCAAGACAAGUUAUGCUGGGGCCUAUGACGAAGCUGGAUUGCUAACCAACAAGACGGUGAUGGCACAUGGCGUGCAUCUGGAGGAUGAUGAGGUUGAACUUCUGAAAACUCGUGGCACCUCUGUGGCACAUUGUCCCGCUUCAAACACGAUGCUGAGCUCGGGUCUCUGUGAUGUCCAGCGGCUGAUUAAUGCUGGCGUGACCGUCGGCCUUGGCACCGACGUGUCGGGUGGAAACUCGGUAUCGAUUCAGGACGCCUUGCUGCGUUCGUUGGAUGUUUCAAAGCACCUGGACUUUUUCAAGAAGCAAAAUAUUCGCGGUUCCGGGGAGGCUAAAACUCCCGAUCCCACCUACGUUCAGCUAAAGUACAAGCAGGCUCUUUACCUGGCGACUUUGGGAGGUGCCAAGGCGCUCUCUCUUGACCACCUGACUGGAAACUUUGUCGUGGGCAAGGAGUUCGAUGCCUUGCUGAUUGAUGUAAGCGUCGUUGAUAGGCCAGCGCGGCCAUUGAACGUUGACGAGCUAUUGGAGAAGUUCAUCUACACUGGAAGCGAUCGCAAUAUUCUGGAAGUCUUCGUGGCAGGCAAGCGCGCUAAGAAGGAACAAUAAGAAGACGGGGCACUAACAGCGGCAUAUAUAAAGAAUUUAUUUCUAUACAUAAAGACCAUCGGUAAUAC